GGGAGAGAGGAGGGUCUUUUAUUUUAUCUUAUUCUAUUUUAUCACCUCAGAGGCUCCUGUCUGGGCGUGUUUCCUCGGUCGACGAGCACUCAAGUGUCUCUCCGCGUCCGCUACUGCUUGCCACCAUGAACACUCAAUUCGCAGGCGUGAUGGCCAAAGCCUGGCCAUCUGUGAGCCGUCAAUGCCAAUUAAGAACGGCAUCCUUACGCCUCGCGAGACCUUUCUCGUCGCCACCGUCGAAUUCUCCCCCGAGCGCCAAGGAGAAGAGCCGUGAAGUCGAGAGGCUACUGGUCAGCUCCCAACAGAACGAAUCGACCAAAGACACAUCGCCGCUGUCUGCUAUCACGCAGCUUAUGCAGGGGAGGCCGUCUCGAUCUAACCGGACGAUUAGUGACGAUUAUGCGCGGAUGGCCGAGAGUCUGGAGGCCGAGAUGCUCAAAAACCCCUACGCCGACCGCGUGCCUCCUCAUCGCCUGCACGUCUACUCUCACAAGCACAAUACCGUCGUCAGCCUGAACAAGCCCACCAGCGAGACAAUAAUGUGCAUGAGCUGUGGCCAUCUCGGGUUCCGCAAGGGCAAGCGUGCCGGUUAUGAUCCCGCGUAUCAACUCACCGUCCAUGUUUUCAAUCAGAUCCAGGAACGGGGCCUGAUCCCAGAAAUCCAACGGCUGGAGGUUGUCUAUCGGGGCUUUGGACCGGGCAGAGACGCUUUCACAAAGGUUUUACUUGGGAGCGAAGGAAGAAACAUCCGGCCCAUGGUCUGUCAGGUUGCAGACGCCACUAGGCUUAAGUUCGGUGGUACUCGGAGCAAAAGGGUGCGCAGGCUGUGAGGAACAAUGAAAAAAGAAAUACCUUUUC